GUGAGGAAAUGGGAGACCAGGCGAGGAAGUCGGUGAGAGGUGAGGGGCAUCAGGAACGGAGCUACAAAAGAGGGACAAAUAAUCCAAACUACGGGAGGGGUCACUACCAGGAGGCCAACCUGACAACCAACCUGAGUCAAGUAUUCAAUGGAUGCGCCAGAGGGUUGUCAACCAAUAAUAGGCUGGAUUUUCAAUGCGGUGGGAGCAUCGCCCUAAUCCCCUAGCCCUGAGCCCUAACCGUUGUCCAAGUCGGGUCUAGAUCGGUGACUGCCCCAGAAUGAUAGAAGCUUUUGAGCUCGUCCGAGAUUUUGCGAUUGCGAAAGGAUAUUGAAAGCGCUACACCACACGCAGUCGCAAUGCCUUCCCCCUUCCUAACUCCCGGCGCUCAGUCGCAACUCGACAGUCUUGCUCUUCUUCAACUGCGCAGAGAUCAGACGAUCCCGACGAUUCUCCAACUCCAUGACGAAAAGAACGCAGGGUAUAAGGAAGGAAAAGUCACCAACACCCGCUUCGGCUCAUUUCCGCAUAGCACGCUUUGCGAUCAACCAUGGGGUUCACAGAUCAUCGCAUCCAAGGUAGACACGGGAUCACGGGGCCGCACGCAGCCCAAGAAGUUGAAGCGGAAAGCGGACGAGCUGGAUUCGUCCACCCAGGCCGAAGAUAAGCCUUCUCCGCAGACCCCAGUAACAGCCUCCAGCGGUUUCCUCCACCUCCUUUACCCUACGCCGGAACUGUGGACCGCGUCGCUUCCGCAUCGUACUCAAGUCGUUUACACACCGGAUUACAGCUACAUCCUCCAUCGGUUACGCGCGCGCCCCGGAAGCACCGUAAUUGAAGCUGGAGCUGGAAGUGGCUCCUUCACCCAUGCGUCUGUGCGGGCAGUGUUCAAUGGAUACCCUUCAGAUGAUCAACCGACGAAAAAGAGAAGACUUGGCAAGGUUUGCAGCUUUGAAUUCCACGCGCAGCGGGCAGAGAAGGUUCGCGUGGAGGUGAACGAGCAUGGCCUCGACGGGCUUGUGGAGGUAACACACCGUGAUGUUUAUGAGGAUGGCUUCCUCCUCGGGGACCCAAAGACGGGCAAAUCGCCAAAGGCAAAUGCGAUUUUCCUUGAUUUACCUGCUCCUUGGCUAGCUCUUAAGCAUCUCGUUCGCAACCCACCCGAGGGCACGGAAUCACCGCUUGAUCCUACAUCACCGGCCUAUAUAUGUACAUUCUCUCCCUGUCUUGAACAGGUACAGCGCACUAUCAGCACACUCCGCCAAUUGGGAUGGUUGGGAAUCUCAAUGGUGGAAGUCAACAACCGCAGAAUCGAGGUCAAGCGAGAACGAGUUGGAUUAGACUACGAAAAUAUUCGCGGAACAGUCGUCUUCCCAAAAUCUGUCGACGAAGCGGUUGAGAGAACGCGCUCUCUUGAGGAACGCGCCCAGUUGUUCCGUGCAACUCAGAAUCAAAGUGACGGCGACAGUACCCCUGCCCCUAAAGCUGAAAACGAGACAAAGGGCGGCGAUUCUACCAGCAAAACCGAGACUGAUACGCCCGCUCGCCAGCAAGCAUCUGAGGUCCCAGUAUAUAAACAAGGUCGUGUGAUGACCCGGUCAGAAUUAGACCUCAAAAAUCAUACAUCCUACCUCGUCUUUGCCGUUUUGCCUCGGGAAUGGACGGAGGAGGAUGAAAAGCGCUGCCGUGAGAAGUGGCCGUCAAACCGGGUACAGGAACCGCAGGGACCACAAAAGAGUAAGAAGCAACUGAAAAGGGAGUCAAAGGAGCAACGCGACCUGCAAAAGAAGGAGCAAAGGCAACCAGAGACCGAGUCUCAAAAGGAAUAGAAGGUAUCAGACCCAUCUUAGUGAAACCAUACUUUUGGGUGUUGUAUUGUGUUCUGUUUUCUUGAGUAAAUAGCGUUACUUCGCUGAUAUUCCAUGACAGUGGGUUAGAGGUAGACUUGCAGUCAUAUUCGAUGUCAACAAAGAUUACUAAUGACGACGGAGGGUCUCCUAAGAAAUAUAUACACAGAUGG